AUGGCCCCUUCUCUGGAGGAGCCGACGGCGGCAAACAUCGAUGCGCUGUCGAAGACGGCCCCCAAUCUGGUGGCCCCGGAGCCUGAACACUGCCCCGGUCCCGAAUCAGAGCAAGCUGGCAAAGGCGAUGCCUGCGCCGGCUGUCCCAACCAAAAUAUCUGUGCAACCGCGCCCAAGGGACCUGAUCCCGACGUCGCAAUAAUUACGGAACGUCUCUCCCAAAUUCGACACAAGAUCCUCGUUCUAUCUGGUAAAGGUGGAGUCGGCAAGUCAACGUUUUCCUCUCUCCUGGCGCACGCCUUCGCCGCGAACCCCGACUCAGAUGUGGGAAUCAUGGACACGGACCUCUGUGGACCGUCUAUCGCAAAAAUGAUGGGCGUGGAGGCGGAAACAAUCCAUGUAAGCAAUGCGGGCUGGAGUCCGGUGUGGGUCACAGACAACCUGGGCGCAAUGAGCAUCCAGUUCAUGCUGCCUAAUCGGGAUGACGCGAUCAUCUGGAGAGGACCGAAGAAGAACGGUCUGAUCAAGCAGUUCCUUAAGGAUGUGGACUGGGGCGAGCUGGACUACCUAAUUGUUGACACCCCGCCGGGCACGUCGGACGAGCACCUGUCGGUCAAUUCAUUGCUGAAGGAGUCGGGCGUUGACGGUGCGGUCAUCGUGACCACGCCCCAAGAGGUUUCCCUGCAGGAUGUGCGCAAGGAGAUUGACUUCUGCCGCAAGGCCGGUAUCCGGAUACUGGGUCUGGUAGAGAACAUGAGCGGAUUCGUCUGUACCAACUGCGGCCACGAAUCAACUAUCUUCCGCGCCACCACUGGCGGUGGGAAGAGAUUGGCCAAGAAGAUGGGCAUUCCUUUCUUAGGCUCUGUUCCGCUCGACCCGAGAAUUGGGCAGGCUUGCGACUACGGUGAAAGCUUUGUGGACGCCUUCCCGGAUAGUCCUGCCUCGACGGCUAUCAAACAAAGGUCUAAUGGGUUUGGCGUUUAUGGAAUGGAGAAAUGUGAUACCAUAUUUAAAACUGCUGAUUUGGCCGACACGCGAGAGUAUUAG